CCUUGUCUAUUGGCCUGUUCCAUCGCUGAAUCUGUGAAACUUACAAGCAACUAGCAAUUGACACUAUGCUCGUUGCGAGGUCCCACAUGGUCGCGCGGCGGACGCGCUCGCAGGUCCAGGUGCAAGCUUCUUCUGCCAAGGCGGCCAUGAAGAUCGUGGUGCAGCGCAACCCAGCCGAGGACGUGCUCAAGGCCAAGGGCGUGCGCAGCUGGCCGACUUGGGGCUGCGGCGUGUCAAAGUUCCCUUGGACGUAUCAGGAGAACGAGACCUGCUAUGUGCUGGAGGGCGACGUCAUUGUGACCCCCAACGGCGGCGAGCCAGUGCAGAUCAAGGCCGGUGACAUGGCGACCUUCCCUGCGGGCAUGUCGUGCACCUGGGACGUCAAGGCGCCCAUCAACAAGCACUACAACUUUCAUUGAGGCGACGGCGCCACACAGGAGUGAGCGCAAUGAUGCAUAUGACGCGUUUGAGGGGCGUGCCUCGCCUGGCCUUGCUUGCUGCUGUGUGGGUUUCUUCCGCGAGUAUGUUGUAUGCACACAUUGUGAGGAGCACGUGAAUUGCGGGCGACAGCGCAGUGUAGGUCGCGGGCGAGCGCGUGAGUGCCAAGGGUGUUGCAGCGUGUCGAGCGGGUACGUCGUGGUAGGUCCGAGGAGUCAUGUGCGCUCAGGGUACAGCGCCUGUGUACAGCUCAUGCUCCCGUCUACUUGCUUACCUAGCACGAAUCAGUUUGUGUUUCUUCGGGUUAUUGAAUAAUUCAGAAAGCGUUCGCAGAAUGGCUCGCAGAGAACGGAAAGCGCACGAGGGCGCACGGCACCGUUGGACGCUUGGACUCCUGAGCGAAGGGCGCAUCUUGCGCGAAACCUAUGCACCUUGUAUGAUUUUAUAUCUUAGUAGGGUGCGCUCGCAGUUCAAGUGUAUGAGUAGCGGCGCUUGUUGACGACGACUCCGAAGCUGCGUUGGCGCUUGCCGAAUGGCAACAACACCGCAUUGCACUGUAUUUCACGUGGCUCUUCAGAUACUACUUGAGUCAUAUAGUUGAAUCUCGCAUAUACA